AGCCAUGACAUCGCCAUGAGGCGUUAAACGGUGAAACUAUCGAUAAAAAGAGAAGAAACGCGGCUUGAUUUUCCAUCAGCGAAGGUUUAAAAGGGCAGAAAGUGUGAAGCGCGACUCUCCCCAUACGGCGGUCAUGUGAUGAUCCCUUUUCCUCUAUAGUUCACCUACAGAAAGCUGGAAGGCAGCAGAGAGUCGCCACAAUCAUUCUCGGGAUCCGGGGUGGCUGGAUGCGGCCACUCUUCUCUUCCAUUAGCACGUAUUUCUUUUAACUGCGAGGUUUCAGCAAACUUUAAACAUGACCGGGGCAAUUAUCGAAAACAUGAGCACGAAGAAGCUGGUGAUCGUUGGAGUUAUUCUGCUCCUAUUUCAAGUGUUUUCAUUCCUGGUGGGAGGUUUGAUUGCUCCCAGCCCGACGACCGCAGUCCCCUACGUCGCCAUGAAAUGUGUGGAUGGGAGUAAGGACCAUACCGGCUGGUUCAUGCCCUGGGGGCCCGACCAGUGUCAGAAGAUCCGCGACUUCAGCGAGGCCAUGGCCAUGAAGGUGCAGGCCAACGACAUUGUGUUUGCUGUCCACGUCCCGCCACAGAAGAAUGAGAUGAGUCCCUGGUUCCAGUUCAUGCUUGUCAUCUUGCAGUUUGACAUCGCCUUCAACUUCAACAACCAGAUAGAGGAGGGCGCUGUGGCGACCAUCGACGUGCGCCUUGGGUACAGGGACGACACUGUCAGCGAGUGGACGCAAAUGGCCCAAUCCACUGAGGAGCGGAAGCUGAACUGCAACUUCACAGCAGCCAAGACUCCUGAUAAUGAGGGCCGAUACUACGAGUGUGACCUUAUGCCCUUCAUGGAGAUCGGUAGCGUGGCUCACAAGUACUACCUGUUGAAUAUCCGGCUGCCUGUCAAUGAGCGGAGGAAGGUCAACGUGGGGAUUGGGGAGAUCAAGGACAUCCGCCUAGUGGGCAUCCACCAAAAUGGCGGCUUUACCAAGGUGUGGUUCGCCAUGAAGACCUUCCUCACACCCAGCAUCCUAAUCAUCAUGGUGUGGUACUGGAGGCGCAUCACCCUCAUGGCUCGGCCCCCAGUCCUCCUCGAGAAGGUAAUCUUUGCUCUGGGUAUCUCCAUGACCUUCAUCAACAUUCCCGUGGAGUGGUUCUCUGUGGGCUUCAACUGGACCUGGAUGCUGCUGUUUGGGGACAUUCGGCAGGGAAUCUUCUACACCAUGCUGCUGUCUUUCUGGAUCAUCUUCUGUGGAGAGCACAUGAUGGACCAGAUGGAGAGGAAUCGAUUCACAGUGUACUGGAAGCAGAUUGGACCCAUCGCCUUCGGCUCCUUCUGCCUUUUCAUCUUCGACAUGUGUGAGAGGGGGGUCCAGCUGACGAACCCGUUUUACAGUAUCUGGGUCACGGAUGUGGGCACUGAGCUGGCUAUGGCCUUCAUCAUCGUGGCGGGGAUCUGCGCCUGCCUCUACUUCCUCUUCCUCUGCUUCAUGGUCUUCCAGGUCUUCCGCAACAUCAGUAGCAAGAGGAGCUCCUUGCCGGCCAUGUCCAAAGCCCGGCGCCUGCACUACGAGGGCCUCAUCUUCAGGUUCAAAUUCCUCAUGCUGGUCACUCUGACGUGUGCAGCCAUGACGGUGAUCUUCUUCAUCGUUAGCCAGGUAAACGAAGGCCACUGGCACUGGGGUGAUUAUACAGUGCAGGUGAACAGCGCCUUCUUCACGGGCAUCUACGGCAUGUGGAACCUCUACGUCUUUGCCAUCAUGUUCCUGUACGCACCCUCCCACAAGCGCUAUGGCAACGACCAGUCCAAUGGUGACGUCGGCGCAAACAGCGGCGAGGACGUGCAGCUCACCACCACGGUCACCCAUGUGGACGGACCCACCAAGAUCUACAGAAUGGCCCGGAAGGAGGCGCAUGAGUAGCCCGGCGGUCUGCCCUCCCCGCCCAGCAGGAGGUGCCGUGUCCUGGAGAUUUCACCAUGCGCGAAACUUUAUUAGCUACUACUGUCACUCCUGCGACGUUUAAUCCUGUACACUGCCCACAUUCAGCCCGACUGCAAACCCCUAAAAUGUUUUUAAACAUUUUCUAGUCUGUCGAGCAGUUUACGUUUUCUGGCACACCCCUAAGCCCCCCCCCCCCCCCCCAACCACCUGAAAAUGCCAUGCAGUUUCACCUGGAGGUUGAGAAGGUUUUAUCACGCCAUCUAGUGGUGGUUUGAGAGGUUGAAAAACAUGCCGAUCUGUGUCCGGUCAUCUCAUGCUCCAUUUGAGGGAAGUGUUUAUGUGCUUUUGAGGGGGGUGGGAGCGGGAAUGGAACUGAAGAGAGUGACAGAAUUAAUUUCUGCAGUUAUUAUCUGCUUAACUACCUUCCAGGUGGGGAAGGUUUUGAGCGAAAAAAUGCGCAGUUUUUCAUGAAAGUAAAAGCCUUGCAUGUGAGUUGCACAAUUUUAACGGGACCCCUCCUCUAAUGGACUGAGGUUAUUGCCGAUCUCUUGUACAGCAAACCUUUUCCCAGUGGUGUCGAUUUCAGCGUUUUAUACAGUUCCACCUGCUUGUCGCUCUGUUUCCCCUUUUAGUCUCCUAAUGAAGCUGAAAUGUACUGCACAGGUAUGUACGGGAGCCUCCCCAUCAGCUUUAGCUGCUGAGGUUUUAGCGGGAUUUCAUGGAGGGCGGUGGGGAUGGUGUGUAUUUCCCGAAUUAGCUGAUGCCCCGAUGACUUAUGAUACGUGCUAAUUUCACUAUGUUGCAGUGUAGAGGUAUAUUUUUAUAAAUCGCUCAUUUGUAUGUGUAGGGAAGUCUCGUGUAGAUGUAUCACCAUUUGUUGGUUGACAGCUUCUUGACCAUCUCUUCCAGAUGCUAUUAAGAUGUUUGUAUUACACAUUUUGGGAGUAUAGAUGUUUGCUUUUAUGCUAAUUUAAAUAAAGCAUUUGCUUCACGUUUU